UUAUUGAAAUUUGUUUGUUUUGCGGGAGUUAAUUUACAAUACCACAAUUGUGCGUGGCACGCGACAAGAUUAUUUUGAAAAAUUUGGCACGUAUCCUCAUUCGAGUUGUGCACCCCUGAUCUAAAGCACCUACGCUUUUUUAUCUCCCCUCGUGGAACAUUGAGAAAUUUGACAGUAAAAUUGGUGGAUGGUUUCAAAAAAAUGUAACGUAUGGUGAAAUUAUAAAGUUUGCUGUAAACAAUUAAAAAAUUAGGCCGAUGGUUAACGAUAUUGAACAAUUAAUGAAAAAACCAUGCUUUCUAGGCUGUCACAAGGCCUGUCUGCAUGUUUACAUAGUGAGGCCUGUUUGUCACAAAUUGGGAGACAAAUUUACGAAUUACAAUUUCAACCUCUAUUCUUCAUAACACUUUGAAGAAGCUCGUGGAAUAGCAGUGUUUCGAGGAACACAGUUUAGUAACCGCUUGGCUAUUUAGUAGACAAAUGUUCAAGUACAACUGACAUUUAUUUGUAUGAAUCUUUUUUAUAAUGAUUUUUUCAAUUAUGACAGCCGGUAUAAGGUUAGUCUUGUAUAAAUAGUUUGGAUAUCCCUGAUUUGGUAAAUAGCCUACAGAAUAUCUUCAAAUAUGCCAAAAACGAGAAAUCAAACUAAAAAAUCGAAAGAGGAGCAAAAAGCCAAUCUUUCAGAGGAUGUAGAGUCUGAGGGAAAUAACCAAGACGAUCACUCUACAGAUGGAGAAAAUUGGCAGCAUGAUGACUCACUUUCAAAUGAGCCGGAAGGCGUGGAAGAUUCUGAUGAUGAUUCUGAUAAAGUUAAUCAUGAUGAUUCUGAUAAAAAUGAAUCAACGCUCAACAAAUCAGGCAGUUCUGAUCAUGGCUCACAGGAUCUGAUUCAAUCAGACACUUCCAAUGUGACUCUCGGUUCUCCCGAGGGUACGAGGCGACGCCAGACAAAUGAAACCACCGAGAAAAGGAAUGACGAAAAAGCCACAGGAAAAUCAUUCAAUACCAUGGAAAAAUCGUAUGACCGGCCCCCUCUGAAGUCAAAAGCUGAACCAAGUUUAUUUAUACAAUUUUUAAUCAUCCUGAUGGGGAUCCUUGCAAUUUCCAUCCUCUUCACUCUAUUUAUUCAAGUCGGAACCGAACAGCAUGAAGAAACGGUCCUCGAAAAAUUCACGUCUAGAAUCGAGGAUUUGAGAUCGCAAAGUACCCAAGAUAAGAAGUUAUGGAGGAUUGUCAGGUCCAGCAUGAAGGAACAUAUAAUAGAUGACAACCCAUCCCAGCCAAGUGUCUUGAUGUUACUUUCAACAAAGGAAUCCGCAGAAUCGAGAGAGGAAUUAGCAAAACAGAUUGCUGAAGCUUAUUCAAUCCGAUGUCAGAACUCUGAUGUCAUCAGGGUUCGUGGAUCGGAGUACGCGGGGAUGAACCAUGACGAGGCAAAAGAAAAAGUUGACGAUGUCAUCACUUCAGGAUUCCUGGCGAAUUCGUGUGCUGUCGUUAUUUCAAAUUUCGAAAAAUUACCACCGGCCACUACCAAAGUUUUCUACCAAUUUUGUGAAAAUGAUCUCGCUCCGUUCAAAAGAGUUGCUGUGAUAUUCACGCUUGAGAUUGAACCUGGGGAAUGGGACCCAAAUGGAACUCUACUGACACCUGGAGUCCCCCCAGAACCUCGUCUUUGGGACUCAAUCGCUGAUGCGUUCUUGUACCACUCGCUCGAGUCCCGUGACGGUACCGGCAUCAUGAAAAAAGACAUGAUUGGUGGAUUGCUAUCGAGAAUAACUCCUGGUGUAGUUUGGGUCAAGUGAAGCCAUGUUGAGUUUGGACUAAAAAAUGGCGUCUGUUUGAGCAUUUUGGACACAAAAUGGUGUCGUUUAUCUUAUGCAAUAAGUAGAAUUGAUUUUGAUUUUCCAAAGUUCAAUCUCUUUGCAAUCAUUUUGCUACAAAAGUCGAAUUUCAGAUAGAAAUCAUAAGUGAUUCAAGAGUCUUGCUGUAUAACACAAAUAUAUUUCUGUAACGUUUCACGUGACCAAGGUCAGACAUACAUAGUUCAUCUAGUUAUAUUUCGGUAAUGUUUUAUCUGACCUUGUUACAGUGAUACAGCUGUGUUAAUGUGCAGUAAGACACUUGAAUCACUUAGGAUAGUUAUUACUUAUCGAUCUUAAGAUCGGUAAGUAUGUUGAUAGGUAUUUGUCUGUCUGUUUGUCUGUGUGUUAGAUGCACGCGAUAUCUCACAGAAGUAAGGUUGAAUCUGCACCAAAUUUUGCAUGUGCAUUCAUCAUAGCUCGGAUCAGAAGCCUAUUGAUUUUGGAUGGAUUAUGUCUUAUAAUUAGCAAGUUAUUAAUAAAUUAGUGAUGGGACACACGGUGUCACUAUGGA